AUGGACGCCUUCGUGACAAGACAGACAAAACGGAAGCUGGGAUCGCCAUCUCCACCGCCAGUGGACCCGACGACGCCAUGCAUUGGCCGGGUAGACUUACCAGAGACGACUGCGUUUGUCGAUGAAGACGACGAGUCGACCGAGGUCAAGCUGGCGAUACUGGCCUCCCUCCUCGCCGGCGAGGGCGGCGGCAGUGGCAGUGUCGAUAUUCAUCAAGACAUGCUUCUCGAGCUGCUGUUGGCCCAUGAAGGAUCCGUGGAGGCUGCUGUCGAUGCAUUCCACAGCCGGCCAGACAAGUGGAGACACAAGAAGAAGCUGAAGUUGGACGGCGUAGUUGGACAGCAGACCUCGUUGCGCAGUUUCGUCCCGCAGACAAACACUGCAUCACCUGAGAAAAAGGCAGGCGGUGGCCCUGCCACGACCCUCUUGUCCCGGCGCGGCCGCACGCUGCACCUGUACGACCCGGUCGACAUCGAGGCCCACACGCCAUGCACGCUGGUGCACAACUUUUUGCCGCCGGACAUGGCCAACGACUUGUUGCGCGAGAUGCUAGCCGAGGCCAAGACGUUUGGCGCGCCGUACACAUUCAAGCUGUUUGACCAAACUGUGUCCAGUCCACACACGUCUUGCCUUUAUCUCGAAUCGGCUGCUGAGGCGGAAGAGGCGAGAGCCAGCAGCGGUGCCGGCACAAGCAACGAGGGAGGGUACCAUCCCACUAGCCAAAAUCAAACGGGCCAGCAGUUAUCCCUUGACAAACCAAACGACGAAACAUUUGUACUCGCUACGGACACACACGAGGGAUACCGCUACAACGGCUCGCGGCUGUCGGACAUCCGCACGGUCACGCCGCACAUGGCUCGCGUGCGACCGCUGGUGGAAGCCGCUGUGAAUCAGGCCAUUCAGCGGCGCAUAGCCACGCACUAUCCUGGCGGCCGCAAGCUGCGUUACCAGAACCUGCGGCCGUGGCGGCCAAAUGCGGCAUUUGUCAACUGCUAUAACGGCGGGCAGGAGAGCGUGGGAUGGCACAGUGACCACCUGACAUAUCUGGGCCCGCGGGCCGUCAUUGGGUCCAUGUCGCUGGGCGUAGCGCGCGAGUUUCGCGUGCGUCACAUCGUGCCCCGUGAUCCGUCCAAAGACCCAAAGAACACAAAGGAUGCAAAAGAAGACGACGCCGCUGGACAGAUCAGCAUCCACCUGCCACACAACUCUCUGCUCAUUAUGCACGCUGAGAUGCAAGAGGAGUGGAAACACUGCGUGACGCCCGCACCCUCCAUUGACCCGCAUCCCAUUUCUGGGAUCAAGCGCAUCAACGUCACCUACCGCGACUAUCGUGCUGACUUCCACCCCAAUUACAUUCCCCGCUGUAAGUGUGGCAUUGCAUGUGUGCUUCGUGUUGUGCAGCGGAAGCUAGAAAACCACGGUCGCUACUUUUGGAUGUGCCAUGCUGGCAACAUACCAGAUCGCGAAGGUUGCACAUUCUUUCUGUGGGCCGAAUUUGACGAUGAUGGGGUCCCUGUGUGGAAACUCAAGGAUAAAGAGAGAGAAAAGGCCGGCAUGGGUUAUACAGAUUAA